AUGCUAUUCUUGUUGUUACUUUUUUUUUUCAUUACUAGUAAUAAUUCACUUUUCUGUUUAAUUUUGAAAAGUAAAAGUCCGGCGUUUCUACCUGUACACACCAAUCAUUCUAAGCAUAUUAACAUACGAAACAAGAGUAAUAAUAUCAAACGAUAUUACGUAAAUGAACAAGUAGGUAAGACAAAUUCUCAAAACAGAGAUAUAUAUAAAUUUGGUGCAUUUGAUGAAGAGGGCUAUGAAAAAGCAGAUAACGAGCAGUUAAACAAUGAAGAUGAAUUUCAUCGAUACGAUGUUUUGGAUGAGGAGGGUGAGCACAACUUAGAUGGUUUAAACUUAGGGGAUAAUGAUGAAGGUUUAGCGGACUAUGAUGAAGAUAUAGCUGCUGAUGGUGAAGGACGAACGGGUAAUGGUAAAGGAUUAGCGGAUGAUGAUGAAGGCAUAAUGGAUGAUGACAAAAAGUGGAUUGAAUCAAAAAGUCAUGUGACGGAUAAACAUAGAUAUAAUGUAUACGAUAAUGAAAUAAUAAAAAAGGACACAAAAGAAAUAGACUUACAAAAAAUGGAUCAAAUAGAUAAGGAAAAAGGUAAAUUACCUCCAUAUAUAUAUGAAAGUGGAAAAGCAUACGAAGGUAUGUCAAUGGACUAUGAGCCAGAGGUAUACGAUUUUCAUACAUAUAAUAAAUACUUUGAUGACCUAUGUAAAGAGAAAAAAUCAACAAUUGAUUCUUAUCAGCUGGAUAAGAAUUUAUUAGAUGAUACAUAUUUUGAUGCAAAAAAGGGAGGACCAAAAACAUUUGGCUUUAGAUUCAAGCAAAUUCAACCUGUAAAAUAUCAUGAGGGUAGAGCAUACACGUAUUUUUUUAUGCAUUCACAUGAUGUAGAAUUAUCUCCAAUUUUUUUAAAUGCUUUUAGAAGAGUAGCAAUAAAACAUUUAAAAGGAGGUAGAGUUACGGCAUUGCGAAUACCUAAUAUGAAACAUGAAUUUUACUGUAUAGUUGGUGUAAGAGAAAAUUUUUUUGAUUUAGCACAAAACUUGAGACAAAUAACUUUCAAAAAUGUGCCUGAAGAUGCAGAUAUGGAUAAUUAUAUAAUGGGUAAAUUUCGAAUAAAGGGUCCAAUGAUAGUUGUUGCUGGACAUAUGCAAUUACCUGACAAUAUUGAAAUUAUUAAUAAGAAUCAGUAUAUAUGCUCCGUUGCUGCAGGGAGUUAUUUAGAAAUGGAUGUAAAAAUAGAAAGUAUUGAAGAAUAUGUUAUGCCUGAAUAUGGGUCGCAGUCAAGAAAUAGAGAUAUAUGUAAAGAUAACUUUAUACAUUUUAGUAGUAGCUGUACACCAGUAGAACAUUUUGGUUUUAUAGGUCAAAGAAGAGGAAUUAAUUUAGAUACUUUAGGUGAAAUUAAUAUUUUAGAAAUGCAUACAGAUGGAUCCAUAACGCCCAAAACAGCUCUAUUAAAAACAAUAGAUUAUAUUUCAGAAAAUUUUCAAUAUAUAGAAAAUGCAUUGUAUCGUAAUUGUCAUACAUGUGAUGAUGGAUCAAUUGAUGAAGAAUUUAGGAAUCCAGAAUUUUAUAUGGCCAAGGACAGAUACGUAGAUGUACCAUGGAAUAAAUAUAAAAGUACUUCAGAAGAAUUAGAAGAUACCAAAAAAUGGCUAUAUAGAAAGGAUGUACACAGACAAUAUAAUAUAGACCCGGAAAGUGAGGAAUCAAAGCAAGAAAGAGAUAUUUUAUGGGAAAAUAAGAAAAAAUUACAAAGCGAAAUUGACAAAAGAAAAGAACAAUUAAAAAAAGAACCUUCUACGUCUGAGGGAGAGAUUGUGCCAAACGAAGAAAGACAUGAUUGUUUACUUGAUUGGCCUGUAGAUAAAUCGGAAAGAAAUAUGGAUCCACCUAGGUGGGUUAUUGAAAGACCCUUGGAUAAAAGUCCUCAUAUUGGACACGAAGAAAUUUACGAUGAAGGAAUUUGA